CAAACACACACACACGGUAUGCGUGUGAAUGAGGAGGGGGGGUGCUUGAGAAACGAAGACCAAGCCAGCAGUUGCUGAGCGGCUGCUUAGUUUGAGAGUGCAAGCUCUUUUCUGUCCGUUCCUCUGCUGUCAUCUUGCCGUUGCCUUGCUCUCUCUCUUUCUCUCUCUCGCUCUUUCUUCCGUCGUCUCCUCACGUUUGGAUUCAGUGGAGGGAAUAAAGGAGAAGCCGAGGAAGAAGGCAGGCAGGAAGAAGCAGCUCUCUUCCUCUGAUCCUCCUCAUCAGAGCCCCAGCAGACACUGAGGAGCCAAUGGUCAUGGUGAAGGAGAAAGUGGCCCAUCCUCAGGAACCACACCAUCCACCAGGAAAACUGGUUAUCCAGUGCUAUAAGUGUGGGGAGCCAUGCAAGGGAGAGGUUCUCCGGGUGCAAUCCAAGCACUUCCAUAUAAAAUGUUUCACAUGCAAAGUGUGCGGUUGUGACCUGGCCCAAGGUGGUUUCUUCAUGAAGAACGGGGAGUAUCUAUGCACACUGGACUACCAGAGGCUUCAUGGCACUCGCUGUAAUGGCUGUGGAGACUUUGUUGAAGGAGAGGUGGUCACUGCUCUCGGGAAGACCUACCACCCCACAUGUUUUGUCUGCACUGUUUGCAAACGGCCGUUUCCCGCUGGUGAUCGAGUCACGUUUAAUGGAAAAGACUGUCUCUGCCAGCGAUGUGUCCAGCCAACUUCCCCAACUCCCAAAGACAUCAGCGCCUCUAGUAACUGUGCAGGAUGUGGCAGGGAUAUAAAGAACGGCCAGGCUCUUCUGGCCUUGGACAGCCAGUGGCACCUCGGCUGCUUCAAGUGCAAGGCCUGUGGGAAAGUGCUGAGCGGGGAGUACAUCAGCAAGGAUGGUUCUCCAUACUGCGAGAAAGACUACCAGAUCCAUUUUGGCGUGCAGUGCGAGGCCUGCCAUCAGUUUAUCACAGGGAAAGUUUUGGAGGCAGGAGAUAAGCACUACCAUCCAAGCUGUGCACGAUGCAGCAGGUGCAAUCAAAUGUUCACGGAGGGAGAGGAGAUGUACCUACAGGGUUCUACAGUAUGGCAUCCAGACUGUAAGAACAACAGUAGAGUGGAAGAGAAGUACAGAGCAGCUUGGCAACAUCCUAAAGGAAAACCCAGUCCGUUUGAUAUCUUUUACCCCCAGUCUCAGAUUCAGAGCCGGGGCCCAGGUGGCUCUCGACUGGGCCUGCGUCCCCUGGGCAGUCGUGAGCCCCUCCCACCCUCAGUAACCUCUCUGCACCAAUCAGAAAGGCAGCCCACAAGGUCAUCGUCUGAGAGUAUCUGUUCGAGACCUGGCUCUAGCAUACCUGGAUCUCCAGGUCACACCAUCUAUGCAAAAGUAGACAAUGAGAUUAUUGAUUACAAGGACCUAGCAGCCAUUCCCAGAGUCAAGGCCAUUUAUGACAUAGAGCGCCCAGACAUGAUAUCCUAUGAGUCUCUCCAUUCCACCUCCUCCACCCUGGAAAGACAAGGAAGGCACAGCCCUGGAGAGCCUGUCAGAGCCUCAGGUGGCAGCCCUACCAGAGGCAGAGCCACAACCCUGCCACAAGACCCUUCCUCACUGUCAGCAGAAACAUCUCCAAGGACACUGUCUCCCACCCCGUCUGCUGAGGGCUGCUAUGACAUGAGGGAGCGCAUCAUUCAGAGAUCCACCAGUCAGGGCUCCAUCGGCUCUCCGGUCUACCACCGCCAUAACUACAUACCCCCCCUUUCAAAGUCACCCCAGCACUUCCACAGACCAGGAAUGCUGAAGCUCUGCUCCUCUUUGCGCACCAGCAACAGCGACACACGCCCUACCUCCCCCUUCCGACAUCACUUCCUCCCCCAUAACAAAGAUUCUUUCUGCAUAGGCACUGAGCCAUCCAGUGGCCGGAGUUCUCCCCUUUCCUCUCGGCCGGCCACCCCGACCCUCUCUCUGACCCCUAAACAUUUCCACAUCCCAGACCAAGGCAUUAACAUGUAUAGAAAACCACCAAUCUACAAACAGCAUGCCUAUGAGAGGCCGUCACUGAUAGUGCAGUUCCCCCAAAAUACCGAUUCAGAUCCAGCUGCCCUGGCAGCCCAAAGCAAGUCUGCUGAUGACAUCAUCAAAUCAUCCAAGUUCCCUGCUGCCCAUGCCCCUCGGCCAGACGAAACCGCAAAGAUCGAGACCGACUACUGGCCGUGUCCGCCGUCCCUCGCUGCUUUAGGCUCAGAUGGGAGGAGUCGGUCACGGGACGAAGAAGAGGAAGAGCAACUAAAGCGCAGACAACUUCAGGAAGAACAUCUCAGCAAGAUCCAGUCUGGACUUGGGAAGCUCAUUCUGAAGGAGGAGAUGGAAAAGGAGAUGAACAGAGAGAGAUACGUACGAAGUGUGGCCGCCCAGCGUUUUGACUCCCAAUACGCUAACUGUACCACAGACUCCCAAACAGUUAAAACAUCAUCUCUGCCUGGAUACGGACGAAAUGGCCUCCAUCGGCCUCAGUCUACAGAACUCUCUCAGUAUAACAGUUAUGGGGACGUGUGUGGAGGACAAAGAGAUUUCAAGCCCACCCAAGAUGCACAAGAUUCCAUUACAAGAAUGGACAGGGGAAUGUCUAUGCCUAAUAUGUUGGAAUAUAAAGUGUACCCAUAUGAAAUGCUCACUGUCACCAACAGAGGGCGUACUAAGCUCCCGAAGGAUGUGGACAGGACGAGACUGGAGCGCCACUUGGCUCCCGAGACAUUCUUUGACAUUUUUGGGAUGGAGAUCCACGAGUUUGACAGACUUCCUCUUUGGAAGCGCAACGACAUGAAGAAGAAAGCGAAGCUCUUCUAGCUAACAGAUUGUGCAUGUUUUAAUUUAUCAGUCACUCAUCAUAUGAUGUAUUAGAGCUAUAGUCCUCUGAUUUACUUUUCUUUUAUUAUUAUUAUUGUUUGCAUCCAAUUACAAGCACAAAAAAGUUUUAUUUUGCUUCAAAAAGACCACUUUUUAUUUUCCCAAAUAGAUAUCUUUAUCUUUAAAUGAGUGAGUGUUUGAAUAUGAACAAAAUGCGGUGCGCGUGACCCCUAUGCGAACGCAGGAGCGAGCGGAGCUGAUGGUGUGCCUGCGCUCAUUAAACCUACUUCCAGGACCAGAGAGAUUUAUCCUCCCCCCUCCUGGCCCUCUUGUAAAACAGGACUAUAAUUUUUUAGAUGGGGAACCGGGGCUGUCAGCAGGGCUCUCCAUCUAAACAGGCCGUUAAGGUGGUGGAGUUGUUGGGAUCCCUGGAGCCCCCCUGCUGCUGCGGACCUAACGAGACCUUUGAAGUGCGUUAAAAGCGGGAAGUGAGAGCUACUGAAGAUUCUCCACCUGUGGAGCCGAGGUUCUGGAAAGCAUUAGAAACUGAAAUCCGCGUCCUCUCCCACCAGCACUCUGCCGCCUCGCCACAACCCUUAAAAAGAAAAACAUCCUACAUGUAAAGUAGCAAGCAUGUUCUCACCUUAGCCAAAGCCCAAAAUGGCACCCGAGAUAGACAAGGUCUUUAUGAAAAAUAUUUUUUGUCUGAAAGUAAGAAGAGGCGGUGGUGUUUAUUAUUAAUAUUAUUAUUAUUACUUAUCAAAUUAAACUUCAAUUCCUUUUUUUUAAUGAUUGAAUGAUAACUUUCACCACUAGAGGUCAGGCGUGGGAAAAUAACGCACGCUCUGAAACGGUCUCCUCUGAAUCAGACAAUCCAUUUAUUUUGACUUCCGAUUUUCUGCAAUAUUUAACAGCAUUUUAUUUUAAAUAAAGCAGGAAAAGCCUUUGAAAUGACUGCCUCGGAGGUGUUUCAAUACUGCCACUGUGUUGACUUGGGAUUGUCGGAGCUGUAGCCAUAGUAUUUGUGCCAGGUGUAUACUCGAUAUCAGGGCCGUAUCUCUGUCGUUACUGCUGACGAAUAAUGCUGUUCCCAUAGACAUGCAGAUGUAUAAUGGGCCGCCGUUGGCUUUUAUUCCCAGCAGUUUCCUGUGUUACUAGCAGGGUUAAUGACAGAGACCUAGGACAUAUUACAGCAUUGUGCUUUUAUAGUAGGCCUAUCUACCACAAAACAUAAGACUAUAACAUGUGUGAUUACUAGAAACAGACCUGUAUGUCACUUUAAAACAGAAUGAAGAGUUGGUUUUGAUACCCCCUACUGUGUACCUCACCCUUUUUCUGUCUUUUUUGAGGGUAAGAUUUGAUGAAAAUGGUGUAAGCUCUGCUGAGUAAUAAAACUCUGCUUCAGAUCA